AUGAAGCCUUUCGUGGGCCUACUGGGCCUCCUCCUGCUUCUUUCCUUUAUGAAGACUUGUGCUGAUGAUUGGUCAGCCAUUCAUCUGCAAUGUGCCAACUACUGGUUCCAACUCAGGAUCAAACCUACGAUAUUUCACAACAUUUUUAUGGACCCUGAUGAAGUGUUUUUAGGAAUUGGCUGCCCUGUGACCACUGUCUGGCCAAAUGAUAUCUAUGAAUUUAUCUACCGUACUUACUCCUGUGGCAUUGUCAAUAAAGUUCUUUGUGAUGUCACUCUGCUGCAGACGAAACUUACAUACAUCUCAAAAAAUGCUUCUCUACAAGCUGAGAUGAGUUUGUCCUGUGUUAUGCACAGUCAGAGUCCUCAUGUCUGUGAAGCAGAAAGUAGAGGAGAUUUCACUGGUGAUCCUCCUGAAUGGACAGUAGAUAUGAGGGCAAGAAGAGAUGAGCAAACUGUUACGACGGUGCCAUCAAACCUUUCAACAUCAAGUGAAGACCACCAGGUCUCCAAGGAGCCUCAGGCCUCUGAAACGAGCAGGUCUGAGGCUGCUGAAGUACCUAGCUUCAUGGAUCAAAACUUCUAG